AUCUGUCAUUUGAUCGCUGAACCAACAUUCAUUGAUAUACCUAAGAGUUUGGUUAUCUAUCAAUUGGUUAUUAUUGUGAAAUAGUUGGAAAUUAAAUAAAGGUUUGAAUUUUUAAUAAAAUCAUGGCGGUUCGCGUACAAUUCGAGAAUAAUAAUGAAGUAGGGGUGUUUAGUAAAUUGACGAACGCGUACUGCCUAGUUGCUAUCGGUGGGUCUGAGAACUUCUACAGCGUGUUCGAGGCGGAGCUGGCGGAGACGAUUCCUGUAGUGCAUGUGAGCAUCGCCGGGUGCCGCAUCAUCGGCCGCAUGACCGUCGCUAACAAAAACGGCCUACUGGUACCUUCGUCCACAACAGACACAGAACUGCAACACAUUAGAAACAGUUUGCCGGACAACGUCAAAGUGCAGCGCGUAGAGGAGCGUUUGAGUGCGCUGGGUAACGUCAUCACAUGUAACGACUACAUAGCUCUUGUGCAUCCUGAUUUGGAUCGGGACACUGAAGAAAUUCUAGCCGACACAUUGAAUGUGGAAGUGUUCAGGCAGACAGUCGCGGGAAACACUCUAGUUGGCACGUACGCGGCACUCAGCAAUCGCGGCGGCUUGGUGCAUCCCAAAACGAGCAUACAGGAUCAGGAUGAGCUGUCGUCGCUGUUACAAGUACCGUUAGUGGCGGGCACAGUGAACAGAGGCAGUGACGUCAUUGGCGCAGGACUGGUGGUGAAUGACUGGUGUGCUUUUUGUGGAAUGGACACUACAUCGACAGAAAUUUCAGUUAUAGAGAGUGUAUUCAAAUUAAACGAUGCUAAACCCACAGCGAUCACAUCCACAAUGCGUGCAUCACUCAUUGACAGCAUGUCAUAACGUUGGUUCGGCCAAAUUUGUACCUAAAUGUGAUAUAAUAAAGAUGUCGUUUAAUUGCACCUUGUACUUUUAAAUUGUUAAUAUGUAAGUGCGUCUGUUGGACAGACUGCAUAAUGACAACCAAUGAGUCUUUGAUCUAAUGUUUUAUUAUAAAUAUAG